CUUUCUCCCCUGCUGAGUAGUCUAUUCAGCCAAUGCCCCUGUUGGUGUGGGGAUAGUUCAGCAUAGAAAGAGCUGGAAGUUGUGCAUACAUAGAUGUUUGGCACAGCUGAAGAGGAAGUAAAGCGAGAACUUGAUGCAACGGCAACAGUGUUGGCUAACCGACAAGAUGAAAGUGAACAAUCAAGAAAGAAACUUAUUGAACAAAGCCGUGAGUUCAAGAAAAACACUCCAGAAGAUUUACGCAAACAGGUAGCUCCACUAUUGAAGAGUUUCCAGGGAGAGAUUGAUGCAUUAGGCAAAAGAAGCAAAGAAGCAGAAGCGGCAUUCCUAAAUGUCUACAAGAGAUUAAUUGAUGUUCCAGAUCCUGUUUCAGCUCUAGAUCUGGGGCAGCAGCUCCAGCUGAAAGUCCAGCGCAUGCACGAUAUUGAAACUGAGAACCAGAAACUUAGGGAAACCCUUGAGGAAUACAACAAAGAAUUUACAGAAGUGAAGAAUCAAGAGGUGACAAUAAAAGCACUUAAAGAGAAAAUUCGGGAAUAUGAGCAGACCCUGAAGAAUCAAGCAGAGAACAUUGCUCUUGAAAAAGAACAAAAGUUGCAAAAUGACUUUGCUGAGAAAGAAAGAAUGUUGCAAGAGACGCAAAUCUCAACGGCCUCAAAGCUGGAGGAAGCCGAACACAAACUGCAGACGUUACAAACAGCCUUGGAAAAAACACAGACAGAAUUAUUUGACCUGAAGACAAAAUACGAUGAGGAAAUGACAGCAAAGUCAGAUGAAAUUGAGAUGAUCAUGACAGAUCUUGAAAGAGCAAAUCAAAGGGCAGAGGUAGCUCAAAGAGAAGCAGAGUCCUUGAAGGAACAACUCUCAUCUGCAAACAAAUCUCUCCAGCUGGCUAACCAGAUUCAGAAAGCACCGGAUGUGGAGCAGGCCAUCGAAGUGUUGACACGAUCUAGCCUGGAAGUAGAACUGGCCUCCAAAGAACGAGAGAUUGCUCAGCUGGUUGAAGAUGUUCAGAGACUCCAAGGCAAUCUUACCAAACUUCGGGAAAAUUCCACCAGCCAGAUCUCCCAGCUCGAGCAGCAGCUGACUGCCAAGAACAGCACUCUCAAACAACUGGAAGAAAAGUUGAAGGUGCAAGCUGACUAUGAUGAGGUUAAGAAAGAAUUAAACAUCCUGAAGUCCAUGGAGUUUGCGCCAUCUGAUGGCUCAAGCAUCCAGGAUGCUGCAUCAAAACCACUGGAGGUCUUACUGCUGGAGAAAAACCGCCUGCUGCAGUCGGAAAAUGCCACGCUGCGGAUCACGAACAGUGACCUUAGCGGGUCAGCCAGGAGAAAAGGGAAAGACCAGCCUGAGAGUCAGCGUCCUGCAACCUUGCCGGCCUCCCCUCCUCCUCAGUUGCCCCGCAAUGCAGGGGAGCAGGCUUCCAAUACUAAUGGUACACACCAGUUCUCACCAACGGGUUUAAGUCAAGACUUUUUCAGCUCAUCCUUGGCAAGCUCCGGCUUACCCCUGGCUUCUACAGGAAAAUUUGCACUAAACUCUCUCCUCCAGCGCCAACUUAUGCAGUCCUUCUACACCAAGGCAAUGCAGGAAGCGGGAAGCACAAGCAUGAUUUUUUCAGUAGGUCCCUACAGCACAAACUCCAUAUCUUCCCAAAGCCCCUUGCAACAAAGCCCAGACGUCAACGGCAUGGCCCCAUCACCCAACCAAUCAGAAAGCACCGGCAGCACCUCAGAAGGUGAGGAGAUAGACACGGCCGAAAUUGCACGUCAGGUCAAAGAGCAAUUGAUCAAGCACAAUAUCGGACAGCGGAUCUUUGGACACUACGUCUUGGGACUUUCUCAAGGAUCUGUGAGUGAGAUUCUGGCUCGACCUAAACCAUGGAACAAGCUGACCGUGAGAGGCAAGGAGCCAUUCCAUAAAAUGAAGCAGUUCCUUUCUGAUGAGCAGAACAUCUUGGCUUUGCGCAGCAUCCAAGGCAGGCAGAGAGAGAAUCCAGGCCAGAACCUGAGCAGGCUAUUUCAGGAAGUACCGAAACGAAGAAAUGGGUCAGAAGGUAACAUUACCACAAGAAUCCGAGCUACAGAAGUUGGCUCUGAUGAAGCUAUCAAAUCCAUUCUGGAGCAAGCAAAAAGGGAGCUGCAGGUACAGAAAACAGCUGAGCCGGCUCAGCCACCUUCCACGUCAACCAGCAGCAGUUCCGAUGAUGCUAUUCGCUCCAUUUUGCAACAGGCUCGGCGAGAGAUGGAAGCCCAGCAGGCUGCCCUUGAACCUGCCUUAAAAGCCACCCCUCUGUCCCAAGCCGAAAUGUCCAUCUUGUCCUCAAAACUGAUCCCCACGCCUGCCGUUUCUUCAGUUUCUAGUUACUCUACCCUGGCUCUGUCCUUGAAGAAGCACUCGUCCUCUGUGGAUUCCGCUGUGUCUUCCCUACAGACUGUCCCCGGUCUCAAGAAGGAAGCCCAAGAGGCCUCCCUUCUAGACCUCCACGGGAUGCCUGACUCAGCACAAGGUGUACUGAGGCAUGUUAAAAAUGAACUGGGACGCAGUGGGGUAUGGAAGGACCAUUGGUGGAACACUGUGCAACCUGACAGAAGGAACACAGCUCCUCCAGAAGAUCCCAAAAUGGAGGAGAGCACCAGUGGGAAAGAGAAGGCCAGCAACCAGGCUCGUUCAGACCGUAACCAGCAACUCCAAGGGCCCUCCUCCUCGGAAUAUUGGAAAGAGUGGCCCAACGCAGAAUCUCCCUAUUCUCAGAGCUCUGAACUGAGUGUGACGGGGGCAAGUCGCAGUGAGACACCCCAAAACAGCCCCCUUCCUUCUUCCCCCAUUGUUCCUUUAUCAAAGCCAUCAAAGCCUUCCGUUCCUCCAUUGACCCCUGAGCAGUAUGAGAUUUACAUGUACCAAGAAGUGGAUACGAUAGAUCUAACCCGUCAGGUCAAAGAGAAGCUAGCAAAAAACGGUAUCUGCCAAAGGAUAUUUGGGGAAAAGGUGCUGGGUCUUUCCCAGGGCAGCGUCAGCGACAUGCUGUCUCGGCCAAAGCCAUGGAGCAAAUUGACACAGAAGGGGCGUGAGCCAUUCAUUCGUAUGCAGCUGUGGCUAAAUGGCGAACUCGGACAGGGAGUCUUGCCAUCUCAAGGGCAACCCCAAGGCCAAGUCCUUCAUUCUGUGUCAUCACUGCAAGACUCUCUUCAGCAGGGAUGUGCAAGCUCAGAAAGCACCCCAAAGACCUCUGCCAGUUGCAGUCCUGCUCCCGAUUCCCCAAUGAGUUCCAGCGACUCUGUGAAAAGCUUGACGGAACUGGUCCAGCAGCCCUGCCCGGCCAUUGAAACCAGUAAGGAAGGCAAGCUGCAGGAGUCGAGCGAGGCCUCGACUUCGGAUUCCCACUGCACAACCCCAUUGCCUCUCUCCGGCCAUUCAUCACUCAGCAUUCAGGAACUGGUCGCCAUGUCACCGGAACUCGAUACCUAUGGCAUCACCAAGCGGGUUAAAGAGGUGCUCACAGACAACAACCUUGGUCAGCGUUUGUUUGGGGAAACGAUUCUGGGGCUCACACAAGGCUCAGUCUCAGACCUCCUUGCUCGCCCAAAGCCCUGGCACAAACUGAGCUUGAAGGGCCGGGAGCCAUUUGUGCGUAUGCAGCUGUGGCUCAACGACCCAAACAAUGUGGAGAAGCUGAUGGACAUGAAGCGCAUGGAGAAGAAAGCAUACAUGAAACGGCGGCACAGCUCCGUCAGUGACAGCCAGCCUUCAGAAUCAUCUUCCACUGGAAUAGAUUACAGCCAGGGGGCCAGCCCACAACCACAGCAUCAGCUCAAGAAGCCACGGGUUGUCUUGGCUCCGGAAGAGAAAGAAGCUCUGAAGCGAGCCUAUCAGCAAAAGCCAUACCCAUCACCAAAAACUAUCGAGGAACUUGCCACACAGCUCAACUUGAAGACCAGCACCGUCAUUAAUUGGUUCCACAAUUAUAGGUCACGUAUUCGUCGAGAGCUGUUUAUUGAAGAAAUCCAAGCUGGAGGUCAGAGCCAGGCUGGGUCGAGUGACUCUCCUUCAGCUAGAAGUAACCGGGCAGUUCACAGCUCCGAAGGAGACAGUUGUGAUGGGGUGGACACGGAAGGCCCAUCGGAUACAAAACAAGGCAGCCUGGAAGCAGAUGAGUACAGCAAUGCAACCAUGAAGUCUCAGGGAGGGCGAGCAGCGUCGGCUUUCGAAGCAGGGGAAGAGGCACUGCGAGACGCCGGAUCUUCGGAGAAAACGGAGACAUUCCAGUUGGGAAUGGAGAGCUUGGAAGACACAGACGACGAGGGAAGGCUCAAAGCACCACGUCAGGGUUCUCCACUGAGCUCUCAACAUUCAGGAGAAACUCUGGAGGCCAGGCCCAACUGUGCUCCAGAAGAGGAUGCCUCUACCUCAGUCCUUGCAGGGCAGAGCUCCUGCAAGCCCAGGGGAGAAAGUGUGGAGAAAGUGCCCAUUGUGCCAAGUACCAGUUCCACGCUGGCCAUCACCAGCUCUCAGAAAUCCAACUCACUCAAGAGCUUGUUCAGCUUUUCUGAGGCGGCGUGCUCCAAGAACACACGGGACAACACCUUGAGGAAAAAGAAGGCAGCAAAUUUGAACAGUAUAAUCCACCGUUUGGAGAAGGCUGCGAGUCGAGAGGAGCCCGUUGAAUGGGAGUUUUGAGAUUAAGCUCACCCAGCUCCACAGGGCUGGGAAAGUUAAAACUUGGACCUCUGUUGGUUUCUAUUGUGUCCCGCACUUACCGCCCUGCAGGCCACGGGGCAAAAAAAUGCCAUAGGCCAAGGUGCAUAUAGAGAACAAAAGGAGUGUUUUAAGCCCAGUUUUAUGUUUGUGUUUUCAAGGAAGAAAACUGAAACUUGUCCAGCUUUUUGUACCCUGAAGUGUUUCUAUUAAUUGCCCUAAAGUGAUUUCCACAGUUUCUGGGGAAGAAAAAAAAAACUCAUACAGCUUUUGCCUUCUGCCCUCCUCUUUGGUGUGGGCUUUAAAACAAAAAUAUAUAUACAAACAAGAAAAAAAAAUUAAACCCACAUAUUUAAAAGGGGGGGCUUUUUAUCAGCCAUCUAAUGGCUAAACAGAGCGAUAAUAAUACACUAUUAUCUUCUUUAACCAGGAAAACAAAAAGAUGGGAGGGGAGAUUUUUUGAGAUUAAAAAAAAAAGUUGUUUUGUAGCUCUUCGGUUGCCACUAAGAGAUUGCACAGUCAACCCGACUCUAAACACACUAGUUUGAAUUCCUAAAUAUUUUCAAGAAAGAGUAUUGUUUGAAACUUGGGGUUUAAAAAAAAAACACAUUUACUCCAUGUAUUUUUUAAACAGACAAAAAAAAAAAAGACACAUCAGGAAAACAUCUUAAUUUGUGGUAGCUGACUUCAGUGUUUUUCUUGUAAAGUGGAAUAGAAAAUUGACUUGUAGUGCACAUUGUUUCAUAGCUUUAACUGAUUCUAGUCUCUUUGUUGGCUGGAAUUUGUUUAAUACACUCCAUUUUAGGCCAAAUCAGGACAGGAAAAAAAAAAGAAGAAAAAUUCUGAAAUCUAGGUAUUUUAUAAUCUGCUUUUUAACCUCUAACCACAAAGCACGCGGAUCAGACCUCAUUCUGGGAGGUGUGGGAGACAGCUUGGAAGAGGGAUGUACUUGAUCGGUUCAGAUUAAAUUGCAUUAUGCCAGCCUUGCCAACAAGUCCAUAUAUGUUACUAGUCCUCAACACCACCUGAUUGCACAUGCCGCAUUAAUCAUUGACCCAUGUGAUCUGUAAGGGGAGAAAAAAACACCAGCUUUUUGAAAGAAAAUAAAUUACAUGGGCACCUGGAAACACUCCUUAAUACACGCCAGGCAGUCAGGCAGGUGGCAUAAUGAUACAUGCUACACAAAAUACAGUGUGGUAUUUUUUUUACGGAGAGGGGUUGGUUGGCAAGAAAGUUGAACUUGGUAUCAGUUUCAAAAAGAGUGUGGUGGUACAAUGAGAAGCCUUACCCAACAAGAUGAGUUUCCAUCAUUCAUAGCUGGCAAUAGUUCGUAGGACAAUAUUACUGGGGCCCAUUAUUUUAGUACGAUCUGGGGCUUAACAAUCAGUCAUUGUGCUAUUCUGGUCUCACCUACUCCAGAGAAUAAGAACCACUGUUUCAGCCUCUUUGGAGUAUCGUUAAGCACCCUUAAAUGAUUACCUAUGGUCCCAUGGCAUAUACUGGUUACGAAAAGGGAGUGGGCCCAGAAGAAGAGUACAUAACCCUCGAUUAUCACAAUGUCAAACUACAAAAUGGCUAACCAAAGCACACGACAGGAACUGUUCUCCUCUUCCAAAAUAAUUAAGCUCUUCCUGUUAUUUUAUGACAGCCGCAGGGCCGAUCAAAGUACAGAAUCGAUUUUCCAAAUUGUCUCUAGCUCCUCCUGUUGUCUAUGUGUAUAUGCGCGAGCAUAGAAGUGUAUGGAGAAAUGAGUGCGCGUAUGUGUGUGUGCAUGUGUGCAAUUUUAUACGUUGGUAUUUUCUUACGUACUUGUGCACGCUUAGAGUGCAUUACUGCCACCUUUUUUCAAUAAGCUGUUUUAUCAGUUAUGGCUUCUACAGAUUCGCUGGUUUAGAUUCCUUUAUUGCCAUAUCUUUAAAACUAACAAUAGAUCAUUUUGGUGUGUAUGUAUGGGUAUGAAUGUGUGUAUGUGUAUGUGUAUAUAUUUAUAUACAUACACACACACACAUAUACACACAUACAUGGAUAUAAUUAUUAUUAUUUUUUUGGCUUAUUUAUAGGUGCUGUAUUUUAUUAUCUGAUUACUAGGAAAGGACGAAAGGGGCAAAUAUUCUUUAGAGGGAUAGACUGCCGGCAGUAUUGGGUUUAAUUUACAAGAUGUAGUUGUCAAACUGUAUAUUAUUGACAGAUUUUUUUUUUUUUUUUUUGGAGGGCCGUAUUGUGUAUCAUGGAAAACUGCUUAGGUCAACAUCUUUUGAUGACACUUUAAUGGUGCAUUCAUGACUUAUGUUCUAAUUAAUAUUUACUUUAUGAUAUUGUGGGAGGGGAUGGGGAAGAGACAUUCUGACUUUAAAAGAUAUAUUCCCAAUAUUACACCUCAAUGUAGUUGUAUUAAUUGGUCACUAAGUCUGUUUUGGGGAGGGGACAGUACUGUAAAAUGUGAAAUCACCUUCCCUGUGUAUUCUUUUUCUUUAUUUAAAAAAAACCCAGAAAUUAGGUUUUUAUCAUGUCUUCAAUAUGCAACAGCAGCACUUAAUUCAAGUCUUCACAAAAUUAAGAGUUCAGUAGCUUUAACAACAGCAACAACAACAACAACAACAAAAUGCCUUUUCAUGGUCCAGAACAAAAGCUCUAGGAGGCUGGAAGGCAGGUUUACUUUUCUCACUUUUUUUUGUUAAUUUUUAUCGUUUCUUGGCUGUUUGGGGGAUACGAAAUGUUAUCUUUAAGAUGCACAAAGAGCUCUUAUUCUGACUUGAAGGUGCAAAUCUGCACAUAUAUAAGCAAAAUUAGGGACAGAAUCUGGCUUGAGAAUCAAUAAUGGGACAACAGCCACACUUUCCCUUUAGAACAGCAUUUCUCGAGCUUGGCAACUUGAAGGUAUGUGGAUUUCAGCUCCCAGAAUUCUCCAUUCAGCAUAUUGGCUGGGGAAUUAUGGGAGUUGGAGUCUACACGUCUGCAAGCGGCCAAGUUUGAGAAAUGCUGUUUUAGAGCAUCUUGAGAUCUUAAGGCCUGCUGCCGAGGGGGUUUCUUUUUGGCUUUGGCAGGAUCUUUCUAGAAAAUUGACUUUAGAACGCUUAUAAUGGCUGCCACUCAUGGACAGUUACAGCAUGUGUCAUGGCUUCAAACGAAAGGCCUGCCUUCCACAUAACAAUGAGAAAUCCCCACUUCCUUUGCAAAACCGGAAGCAGCUCUUCAUUCUCUGACAAGAUUUAAAAAACACUUGGGUUUCUUCACUUCCAUUAGGUUUUAGCUUCCCAGCAAGCACAGGAUUUGUUUUUAGCCUUCCAGUGUCUAUAUAUUUCUUUAGGUAAUGGAGCAAUAUCCCAGUUCUGGUUUAUUGUCUUCCUCUUAAAUACUUUCCAAUGUGUUCAGUUCAGUUAGCCAUUGAAGUUAAGACCUCCCUCUUCCCUCAGUUUCAUUCUAUCAACAUCCUGGGUGCCUCUUCUCCAUAACACAUGGAGAGAUAUCACUAAUGUGACACAGGGCAGCCUAGCACUUGGGGUUCUGCCAUUUGCCCUAAUAAGCAAUAUUUAAGUGCCUUGGGAAAUAUAUAUAUAUAUAUAUAUAUUCUCCUGUCUUUCAUGUGCUUUCCCAUCCAGAUAUACUUGGAUUUUAGCAAAGAAAUUACAAAUCCGGAUUUACCCCUUCUUUUCAAGUUGGGCAGUGCUUCCUGCCAAAGCAAAGUGGUAUUGAUUCAAUUCUUCCCCGAGCGGAAAGCCUGCUCAAGAACUUGCGGCUUAUUGCAACCAAUAAUGGUUGCAGAGUUUAAGCCAGCUAGAUUGAAUGAAAGGUGGUACUGCUCUGCCCAUAGCUGCACAUUCAGUUCAGGAAGUUUCUGGAGAUUUAAUUAAUUUGGCACUUUAAUCAUAUUUGGGCUCUCUUGAUCAUUUCUGUUCUCAGUUUGAAAAGAGAGGUUGUAAUUGAGAGAACCAGGGUGGCCAACAUUUCUCAAAAAUCCAUAUCUAAUAAACAAGGAUGCCAUUAGUUAUCCCAGUGUUGGUCUUAAUGGUUUGACUACCAUCUUGGCCUAGCAUGAUAGAAUUCUGCUUUCUAUGGGUAGGUUUAGCUCUGUUGGAGAUUUCUGCCAUACAGAGUUAAUGGCAAGCUUUGGUCAUUAUCAGGUCAUUGCCUGAUGCUGUGUUUUCUGACUGAAGUUCAGGAGAUUUUGGAGGAGGGUGCCAUUUGUCUCUCUGAAAAGAUUUAGCUCCUGAUCCUGGUGUUCUUUAGCUAUUGACUGUCAGGUCUGUGAGUUGUACUCCCAAUACUUCUUGAAGUUUGACUGGAUGGUGGGAGGCUAUUUUGAUGCCUCGCACAGGAGAACUAUAAUUAAGAAAGAAGCAACAUUCUGUAAAUGUAUAUUUUCUGAUUCUGUCCCUUAAAUUAUAGAAAUACAUCGCCCAGUUAAACUAAUUGGCUGAAGAUUUACCUCUACUUAAAGCAAUCACCCAGACCCUUUUCAAUUUUCUCUUGUUAGGCAUCGAGGAAGGAUUUGUGCUUGGGUGCCUGCUCUAUUGCCCACUGUAGCCUCACUGCCCAUUUGGUCCACUGUCCACUGGUGAAGAUUGACACUUUAGUCCAUUUGCAACUUAAAUCACUCCUCCCUUCCACAUAUAUACAACACUUUUCAAACUAGUGGAUGGGGUUGACUGCAUUUCUAACUAGACUUUCUGCCCCCUGGCUCACAAGUUAAAUCAUGACAUUGAUUGAUUAGUUGGGACAGGGUCGUUGUUGCUUUCCCGCCUUAUUUUGUGCAGACCCAACCAGUUGUGGUUGAUUAAGUAAACCAUUUUGAAACAACCCACGAUGUAGCAUAAUGUGCAAUCUCUGUAUUUUUGAAGACUCUUGGUGUGUAUCCAUCUAUCUUCCAGACACUCAAGAAAUAGGGUUUUUUUAGAUUUGUCCAGAAAACGCUUCUUUUUACCGAGGACUCUUGAUGAGAAUAUCUGUAACACUAGUCAGUUUUCCUUGAAAAAGUAGCCAUCCCAUCUACCUAUCCUGCAGUACAUAUACACUCCAUUCAGCUGUAACCCUGCCUAGCACCCCAGCUUAAAUUAAUCCCCUGUCCCAUAAAAUACCCAGAAUCCUCAGCAACAUGCUGUCUGUCAUUCCAUGGCUGACAUGCAGUUAUAUUUCUGCCGUAGAUAAUAUGGAGACUGCUGCUCAUGAGCUUUGCUCAUCUGGUUUCCACUUUACAGAUUGAUAUUAAUUUCAUAGCUCUCCUUUGAAGCCCAGUUUAGCCACAAGGUUUCAGUCAGCUGUGAGUAAAUGGUACAUCUUUCACUUUGCCUACAAGGGUCAGAGCAGGCACCAGUUGGAGUAGCCAGGGGAUGCCAGUUUUCCUAUUCCAAAGAGAUUUUUUUUGUCAGCUAAUUUCAUCCUUCAAGCAACAAGGAGAAUGACUGAGCAACCUUCCUCUCAACACUGUCACAGAGAUAGGUACUGUGGAAAGGAACUCCCUUAUUUCCAUAUUGCUCUGUUUCCCUUUGAGGUGGGAUUAUUGUAAUGCAACAUUCAGCCAGCCUCGAGUAAAGGCAACAACAGGAACUUUGGAUUUCUUAAGAGUUUAUUUGAAAUAGGAAAAUUACAAGCUGCAUUGAAUUGAACUCACAAUUAAAUUGGCACAGGAGUAUCAGCGCCCCUCUUGGGAUAAUUUGAGUUCUCCCUAUACUCUCUGGUGCCAGAAAGUAGUUGACAUAAAUGCAUUUAUCUGAAGAGGGAAGGAAAUUAGCUUGCAGUCUUGAGAGGCCAAACUGACUUACUGGCUCAUAAGGAGACACUUCAGCUUGUUCUUUCAAUCAUUAAGCUUAGCAGAGGAGAACAAUUAUGUACAAUGACUUUGCUUUCUUGAUACACGGAAGCAGAAACCUGCCAACCACAUUUUGCUCUAGCAUAUUGUAUGAAAACACUCCAUGGAUUUGAUUUAUAGUUCUGUGUGUUAUGCAGCCCUCCAAAUGGAGUUGAUUCUGCAAAACACACUUUAUGGCAAAUGUUGGGCAGGUAUAGGCUAUAUUUUGAUUAUGGAGAACUAGAAGGAUAGUGUUGGAAAGCUGGAGUCAUAUUUGUACAGAAUUAUCCAAAUAAAUUGAAUUAAGUUGGGGAUUCUCACUUACAAGCUAUGAUUAUUAAACCUGGCUGCAAAAUCUCCAGACAAGCACUAGAUAACAACAGAAGCAAUUCAGAAUCACUUGGUUGAGUUGGGUGGCUACAGAAAAUAAAUAAGAACUUUUGUAUCUCUGCUGCCAUCUAGAAAUCAUCUGGAUUUUUGUAGUCCGUGUGUGGGGAGCCUUAGUACCAAAUGUCCAGUUAACUCUGCUUUUCUAGUCUGUGACUGAAAAGCCAGUGGUGCCAGUGUAUUCCAAGCUAAAGAACCUUUACAAAAGAAACUACUGAUAUUACAUUUCAGUUUGCUAUUUCAGUAUGUAGAAAUGCUGCCAUUUAAAAUAAAGCAAUAAUUUGUGGUUUUGACAGGUAGCAGAGCACUGUUAUUUUAAGCAUUGUGAUGUGUUUGGAUGUAAGAAUACUUUAAAACAAAUCCUUAAAUAUGCAGCUCCAAAUAAGAACUGAGAAAGCCACAUUAAAAAAAAAAACAGUUCUAGGACAUUGGUUGAACAGAAAUUCAGAUACCAUAGUUAAUGUGCUUCAGCUACUCAAGAUCAGCAUUUUCCCAAAUUGGCGUCUUCCAGAUGUAGGAAGGACUGAUAACUGCAAUUCCAACCCAUCUAGAAGAUACCAUUUUGGAGAAGGCUGCUUAAAAUGAGUUUUUGCUUUCCUUAUGUACCAGUCAUUUCCAAAAUCAGAGAGAUGAGUCUUAAAGAUUCAGUGAAGCCUUCAUGUACUUCCUUCUGGUGAAAGUCAGAAUGCCUUAGAAAAUUGUAGUUGGCUACUGCUGUGUUUUAAAGGGGAUUCUCAAGUUCCAUUUCCUGAUUCUUUUUGUACAGGCUUUUAAAAGUAACCAAGUGAGCCAAUAAAUCCUACUUUUGUGAAAGCUAAUUUGAAGGCAAAUGUUUAGUGUUAAUUGAGUUAGAUGAAGAGACCACCACCAAAAAGUUAGCAAAAUUAUACAGACACUCUGUUUGGUUCCCAGAUGCCUAAUUCCGCUGAAAACAGAGACUUUUAUCAGUUAAUUUGCUGAGAUCCUUACAAAAAUUCUUGAAGUUGUUCAAUUUUUUAAAAAACUUAUUUUAAACAUUUGGCUCCUGCUGUGGCCAAUGAUGAGUACUGUUAGAUUACAAUCUAAGGUCAGUUCUGAGUGUGUGUGGCCAAAGAGGGGCCAGAUUCAUUCAGGAUUGGACUGUUUGUGUUCAGGUUCUUUAUGAAACAUUGCCAUGGAGGCAUCUUUUUUUUUUUCAAAAUGGGAUUUCCACAAAUACAGUGGUACCUCGGUACUCAUCGUUAAUUGGUUCUGGGAGAUGCAAUGAGUACCAAAAAUGAUGAGUACCAAACAGAUUUUUCCCAUAAGGAAUAAUAUAGUGAGUCACAAGGCAGCCAACACCGACAAGUUCUAGCUUGUGCAUUGAGUACCAAGCAAACAGUGAGUACCGGGACAAAAUGUUCAUAUCAAAAUGCAUUGAGUAUCAAAUUUGCUGAAUUUCAAAGCAGUUGAGCACCAAGGUACCACUGUGCAUGCAAUGCUUGUCUUUGUCUGAAUCCGCUUUCCUCAAUUUUACACUCCCAGGUAUGAUGAGAAUUGUAACCCAAAAUCUGAAGGAUCCUAAGUUGGACCUGGUUUUUUGAAGUGUGCAUUUAGACUUGCAGGUACCAUAGUUUCCGGGGCAAGGAAACAUAAGAUAAAUAUAACUUGUCAAAGGGUUUUCUUUCUACUGAACAGUGUGUGUGUUAUUUUUCAUUAUAAUGGUGUUAGCAUAGUGAAAAGUGAAUAGAUAGCAAUAAAAUACCCAAGGAUGGCUUUUAUAGCCCAAGAUCCACUCUCCCUACUGACUGGAUAAAAUAUCCAUUAAUGGCAGUGUGCUAGUCUCCAGCAAGGGUGUCUAAACUUGGCAAUUUUAAGACUUGUGGACUUCAACUCCCAGAGUUCCCCAGCGAGCUUGAAGUCCAAAAGUCUUAAAGUUGCCACAGUUGGACACCACUGGUUUACAGUAAUAUCUUUUAAACUAGAAUCAAUUUCAGUCCAAUUCCAGAUAGCAAAGCCAACCAUAUUGAGUUGGAACCAUGUAGAAAGGUGUCUUCCAUUAACAAAACAGAUAUUCUGUAUUGUAUAACAGAGCACUUAUAAAUAUAAAAAUCCAAAAGUGAAAUGUUUAUAGAAGCAACCUCCAACAAGCAAGGACAUGAAAUCUGUUACAACCUCUGAAUUGCUGAAGUGUAGGCAUUCAUAGAUAGAUGCUAUUCCUUUUCUUCCUUCUCACUUUCUCAGACUGUGAAAUGAGCCCACCAGUCCAUUAGGCUCUAUUGAAUUACUUCUACAUCAGCAUUUUCCAACUUGGCAUUCCUGCAGUUGUAUGGUGCAUGAGGACUACAAUCCCCAAAAUUCUAAGGAUCAGGAGGGAUCAUCCCAGCACAAGUUUUAGGGGCUUCAGGAUAUGAGAGGCUGCCCAAGCUCAGGUGCACUGAAUAUCUGACAGAGCUAGAUUGUAGCAAUUGUCCCAAUCAGGGAGCAGGUUGCUUCCUUGGACUACCUCUCUAUCUGCUAUACUAGCAGAAUAGUGUAACUCUUUUAACUUCUGUCAUUAGUUUUUCUCUUUUCUUUUUCACAAUUUCCUGUUUUCUGCUGCUUCGUAGUGCAUCCAUCACUAAUCUCAUUGUUCUUUUAUUUAAAAAAAAAAAGAUGCGUGGAACAAUCUUCUGAAGUAAGGCAGAGUGAAAAGGUCACCCACUUUUUUUAAUGACAAAAAGCUUUCUGAGACAAUUCCCAGGUACGGUGGCUCUUUUGUGCAGUUAAUUGGUAAUUAAUUAAUAAACUGUUAAUAAACCAUCUUGAGAAUUGCCCCUCUUUGAGGAACUCCCAAUUCUUUGUCACGAGCAAAAUGCAGGGAAGGUCCAGGGAAAAUUAAGAUCCUCAACGUAGAUUGACUGUGGCCUCAUUUUCCUCGAGGUGGUAAAAAAUGGUAUCUACAGCAUCGGGAAGUCUCUCUGUAAAUAAGAUGCAAAUUAACUUCAAAAGAUUUAUCAAUAGCUUGAUUUUCACUCCAGUGGAAAUAGCUUUGGUUUAUGAUGAUGGUUGUUUUGUUUGCAUCGUAGAUGAUUUUUGUAUUAUUACUUGUUUGCAUGACAUCUUUCCUUUAUUGGCCUUGCUCUGCUAUAAAGAUAUAUAAUCUGUCUUGGUUAAAUUCCAACUGUAGGUCCAUUUAGCAAGUGGAUAGACACACCUGGUUGUCCAGGGUGAGAAACUGGAUAAGGGUACCAUGCUGUGUCACUUAUCCAAGAGUAAGCCCCAUUAAAAUCAGAAGGGCUAAGUAACAAGUCAACAUAAAUAAGACAGCAAUAUCAACCUUAGGACUGCAAAAUUGUUCAUUUGAAAGCUUGUGAUCAGAGCACCUGGGAAAGCAUUGGUUUUUCAGCCCUCAGUCAGCCUAAUAGUCCUCAAAAGUGUUCUGGAAUCUUAAAAAAAAAUAGCUCCCCAAAUGCACUGAACAUAGCUAAUACUUUAGGCAGAAUGUGAUAAACUGAUACCUUGUGCUAAGUAAUAAAUUAAUAUAUUGACUAAAUCAAAAGAAAUUAUACUACUCUUCCUUUAUCCUUAGGGUGGGAAAAAACCAUGUUCAAGGAUCUGAUAGAACAAUGACGAUCUUUAAUGUUCUUUUUGAUUGUGCAGCUCUUGAAUUCAAAAGCAGGAAUGUAUUCCGGGCACAAUACAGGACCUCUCUGCAAUCCCUUGAAGUAGCCACAUGUUUUUGUGAGAUUGUCUUGCUGCUUUCCUACACCAGCCUCUCUUACGUUAGCAGCCUGUUGCUCUGCUGAACACCCAUAGUCUUCAACCAGAAAGAUAUUCUAGACAAUUCUAAUUACAGUUACAACUUGUCGGUGAUUAGACACACUAGAUAAUCAAUAGAAAAACUGCAGGAAUAUUAAUUGAACCUUUUUCAGAGUUUGUUGUACCUCACUGCCCAUUGUCGUUGAGCAUUGUAUCUCAGUCAUGUUCUUUGGGCUUGAUGGAAAUUGGAGUCCCAAGAGCUUUUGAAGGGCCCCUGUUCUCAGAUCCUCAAAUCAAUCAUCUAUCCUUUUAUUGCUUGUAAAAGAUUACAGUAAUGGAAUCAGAUGCCUAGAUCAUCCCUUUUUCUCUCAAAAGGAAAGAAUCCAUGAUUUCCAGAGAUCAAAGGCUUGCUUUAGCUAAUUUAAGUAUUAGAUGCAAGAUACAUCCUACUUCCUCUGUGUAACUCUAAACGAGCUGAGCUGGAAUCGGCACCCCUUGUUUUCAUAACCUGCAGAACUUUAAAUGACAGAAUUGCUUAUAAAAUGAAUAAAUGUUAAUUGAAUGAACUUGUCCCCUUGUUCUUCAAAAGUAAGAGAUGAUCACUGUUAAUUCUGGGCAUGCUAAAGUGUAAACCAUCUGUUGUUUGGCACAUGGUGGCCAAAAGAAGAAUCGUGCCAUAACCACUUAGCAUUGGUUUCCUUGAGAGAAAAUGAUGUGUUCCUUACAUGGGUCUUUGCUUUAGACUUUCUUCCCAGGCAUUGUGCAUUUAUGUCCAUCAGGGUGCAAUAUGACCCUUUAUAAUUAAAAACAUGGGUCAGGGCACAUGCCCAAGGAGUUUGGCUUUACAAUUGUCAAAAAACUUUGUCUCUUAUACUCUUCUCCUUUUGUCCCUUCAGCUUGUCGCAUCUUCCUCAAGUUUCAUUCUGUUCCAUACUUUCAGGCAAACUUUUUUUAGACGUUCUUGACAAAACCGGAAGGAUUUUCUGCUUGCUUACUUGCCCAUUGUAACUUCAUUUCCACUCCCUAAACCAUCUUUAUCCAUUCUCUUUCGCUUCUAGACUAAACUCUCGUCACAGAGCCCCAAUCAAUAAACGAGAGAGGCACUUAGAGUGAUGGUGAUCAAAUUAUAAUUUGCUAGCCCUCCUCCACUCACAUAGACACUUUGGGGUACUGCAGCUGCGCAUUGCAGAAUUCCUUCUCCUGAUAAUUCUGCAAUAGUAUUGCUAGAUAAACACAAUGGCAGCAACCUAAUAAUCAUCCACAUCCAGAGAAUAACCUCUGCCUACCAAAGCAUUCCUGAGUCUUUCAAAUUGGAGCACUCAAGAGAAGCUCAUUCCAGUUUAACUGGGACUUCUUCAAACAGAACAAAUGCCUCGGCUUUCCUGUCCCAUUUAGCACUUAAAAGCGAUUUGAUUUUUAUUCAACUGCCUCUCAAGCAUGUGUUUAUGUAAAGCAUAAUGACCCUUAAUACAGUUGUUCUUUUGCCCCUAAUAGUCUUGGCUGCAGACUGUCUGCGGACACUCUCAUCUGAAUAAGUUCCUCUGCAUAAAUCGCAAAUGAACUACGGACAUGAGCUUCAGUCAAGACCCAUAGACUCUUGUAUAUCUGGGUUGUUUGUAAAUAUGUAUUUUUAAAGACAAAAAAACAUUUAUUUAAAGAUAUUUUGAGCUGAAGAGUUUCAAAGGAUAAGAAAAACGGGAGCAAGAAUGCAUAAGAAUCCAAGGCAGAAUUAUGAGAUGUUUGAAGGGCCCUCAGCCUCCUUGAGCCUAGAGAGUGAAUCCAUGAACAGGCAUUUUUCCCUUUCCCAAAACGUAUUGAGAUUUUUUUUUUUUUUUUAAAACAUACUUCCCUCUGAAAGACGGCUUUCCUCUACCAAGAUUGCUCUUAAGCCUCUAUGUGGUUUCUACCCUGAGUUUGCAAGUUGUCUUUUUUUUUUUUUUGCAUGACUUUUGAAAAUCCCCAUAACUAGCUAUGAGGUUGCCUGGCAGCAUGGACCAUACUACCGUACGUUAGCGGUGUUCAUUGAGUGACAUCUCCUACUAGUUUUCUCCUCUUCGUUUUCUGCAUUUACUGCUUGUUGACUCUCUUGAGCUAGACUCUAUGGUACAGCAAUGGCAAGCCAUCCAGUGUUGGGGAUUACAAUUCCCACAAUAGUUUGCCAUUGCUUGUGCUAUCGGGGCGGAUGGGUAUUGCAAUCCAAAGCAUCAGGAGGGCAUGUCGUUGCCUAUCUUUGUGCAUGGCAAUGUUCAGCUAGACCCUUUGGUGACCUGAAGGUUAGGGUUCACCUCAACCUGUUUUGGGAUUUGUUAGUAAAUUAUCUUUUGGAAAGGGACAGUGAGAGAGGGAAGUGGGACUUAAACCUUAGAAGCAAAAAUAACUCAGAAAUAAUAUAGAUCUCAAAGCAACCAUUUGUAUGUCUUUCUUCCCACCAUGGUAGUUUCAUGUUUUAUCCUUUGAUGGUGUUAGGUACACCACUCUGCCUAAUGAUUAGCUGGCCAUAAAGGUUCUUUGCACACUUAACAGCGAUGUGUGUGUGUGGGGAAGGUGAGAACUUUUUAGAAGGAAAAGAGAUUGAAUUGUUUAUCAGCAAUAUGGGGAAAAGGAAUGGUACAGUGUGGAAUUCUUCUGCGUGAGGGUAAUACAGGUAGUCCUCGACUUACAACAGUUCGUUUAGUGACUGAAGUUACAACAGCACUGAAAAAAGUGACUUAUAACCGUUUUUCACACUUAACGACCAUUGCAGCAUCCCGUGAUCAAAAUUCGGAUGCUUGGCAACUGACUCAUAUUUGUGACGGUUGCAGUGACCCAGGGUCACGUGGAUCAUUUUUUUCCAGCCUUCUGACGAGCAAAGUCAGUGGGGAAGCCAGAUUCGCUGAACAACUGUGGCGAGAAAAAUCGUAAAGUGAGGCAAAAUUCACUUUAAAACAAUGUCUUGCUUAGCAAGAGAAAUUUUGGGCUCGAUUGUGGUCAUAAGUCGAGGACUCCCUGUACUGAAGAGAGGCAGUUUAUGGAAAAAUAGAAAACAGUUGAAAAGUCCUUGUUUAAAAAGAAAAAAAAAAGCAUAUAAUAAAAGAUCCAUUUUAUGUGACAGAGGUAGACACCCCUGUAAGAUGCCGCCAUGUUCUGAGAGGGGACAUGGCAGGGCCCUGGAAGUGAGAAGUAAAAUGGCACUUGGUCUUUGGGGCAAGACUGCCCUGCUGCAGGCAUCCAUUUCUGGCAUGCUGGUGUUCCAUUUUUCCAAUAGGAAAACUAGCUCACAAGUCACCCAUCAUCCCCAUCCACAUCCUGUCAGGCAGUUGGAACCUGGAGAAAACGACAAGGGGUGGAGGAAAGAAGCUUUUUACAAAAGAAAGAUUUUAUUGUGAAAGAUUUUCUUGUUAAUUUCUCUCUGAAUAGUCUAUGCAUUUCCAAUUUUAAAAGCCGUUUUCUGCUGAUCUUCCCACCCCCCCCCCCCCACCCCCAGCCUCCCCCCUCCCCCCCCCCCCCAAAAAAUCAGGCACUGUGUAAUCUUGUUCUGAACAAACCUCUGAGGAAUGUCAUAUCUGCAAAUUUGGACUUUUAAUUCCAAAGUAAAUGGCAGCCUUGCUUAUUUUAUUUUUUAUUUUUAUUUUUGGACAUGCAGAUACACAGACACAAAAUCCAGUUGGAAGGUCUUGCAUAUUCCAACCCUAUUGAAUUGGGGAAGGGCGGUGCCUAAGAUUUUGCCAUUUAGUUAUGCUCUGAAGAAUUUGUUUUUAUUUUAUUUUAUUUGUAUUUUUUAUUAUUAUUAUUUUUUGCAUUUGUGCAAUAACUACUUGCCAUUUUACUGGGCUAAUCUUUGGACUUGCCCUGACUACUAACACAGCACAAAAAUGAACUCGAAACACAAAAAAAAAGGUGUAUUUUUUUUCCUGAGAAUAUUUUCUUUUUAAAAAAAAAAUAUUGAUAAGCUCCAUUUUAUCCCCGUGUACUUGUGGUGUCCAACAUUUUUAGCAGUAUUUUAUAAAUAUAUAUAUAAAUAUAUAAAUAGAUAUAUAUAUUAUUUUUUUCCUGUAACGCACUAAGUCUUAGGUGUUUUUAGAAGCUCGUUUCUUAUAUUCAGAAUCACCAAUUUUAAUGAAAAUACCCUCACAAAGACCCAGUUGACCAAAAAAAAGCCUUUUUUUCUUUUCUUUUUUCUUUUCUUUUCUUUUCUUUCUUUUUUUUUGUACACGUAGCUUUGAGAGAAGCUGCCCUGUUGUGUUGCUGUGAUUUCAUCUUUUGUAACAUUUUAUUUCUUAUUCAAAAGUUUAUUAAAAAAAAAAAGAGAGAGAGAAAAGUUUUAUAUGGCUGGCAGUGACAGAGCAGGAGAAGACUUCCUCCCUUGGUGGGAAGGGGUAUUUUCUUCCCAACCUGGGUUAGCCAAUGUAUGUUCUCAGCACUGUACAACAGUCCCUAUAUGAUAUGGAGAAGCAAUAUCACUGUACGAAACUCACAUGAUGUAUUAUUAUAAUUAUUAUUAUUAUUAUUCACUAGCACCCUAGGUGUGAUAAUUGAAGUAAAUAUCUUUUAUACAAACACAG